CCCGCCCACUCCUUCUCCUCUGCUGAAGGUUACCGCUACAGAACUUCUAAACGCCGUGUCAUCCGUCGUCGCCGUCGUGAUGUCAGCCACUUGUCCAGCGAAUACUUGCCUCCCCACCAAGGUGCCGCAUCUGCUCCUUCCGCUGAAUACUUGCCUCCUGUAGCAGCUUCCGCUCCAGUUGCUCAAUUCGAAUCUGCCCCAGCUGUCUCCUACUCUGCUCCAGCUGCCUCAUACUCUGCUCCAGCUGCUUCCUACUCUGCCCCAGCUGUUUCUUACGAAUCUGCUGCUACUGAACCCGCUCACUCUUUCUCCUCUGCUGAAGGCUACCGUUACAAAACCGCCAAACGUCGCGUCAUCCGUCGUCGUCGUUAUUAAGUUGCAUGCACCUAAGAGCUCAUGGUGACAUUCAUAUUUGGAUUCUAAGAAUCUGAAUGCUAUAAUUAUUCAAUAGUAAAAUUGUAUAAUGAAUUUGUUUAUUAAUAUAAUAAAAGUCAUUAUAAAA